AUGGGAAAAGCAGGCAGAUGGAUUAGAAACAUUUUGGUGGGCAAAAGGGUGGAGAAAUACAAUGAUGAAACUUCUUUUCCUAUUGAGUGUUUGAAUACCAAAUCAAGGAGCCAACCAGGGACCUCUAAAGUGAAGCAAAGAUGGCCUUUGGGAAAGGCAGCUAACAAAGAGGCAUCCCAAAAAUUUUCUAUAUCACUUGACUCUAUUGACACUAACAAAUUGGAGAAAUGCAAGAAGAAUGAUCUUUCUUUUUCUGCUGAGUGCAUGGCUACCAAAUCAAGGAGUCAACCAGGAACACCUAGAAUGAAGAGAAGAUGGAGUUUGGGAAAAGUAGCAGCUAACAACCAUAAAGUUUCUAAAUCACUUGACUCAAUUGACACCAUCAAACUUCCAAUGCAGGCCAUGGCAGAAGAUGAGGGUCGGCAAAAUCAUGCCAAUGCAGAAUCUGUGGUACAGCAGAAUUGGGCCAUGGCAAUGGCAGUUAAAGAUGCUGAGAAUGCAGCUGCCACAAAGAUUCAAGCUGUCUUUCGCUCUUAUUUGGCAAGGAGAGCACUGCAAGCUUUAAAGGGACUUGUCAAGUUACAGGCACUAGUUAAGGGUCAUCUUGUAAGGAAACAAACAAGUGCUAUUAUGCGGCGCAUGCAUGCAAUGAUGGCUAUUCAAGUUAGAGCUCGAGUUCAGAGAAUCCAGAUGGCAGAGGAAGCACACCUGCUGUCAAAAGGCAACCGCCCAUUCACAGGAAUUUCACUCAGGACAAUGGAUCCAGAAGAAUGCAUAAAGAAAAAAAUCGAUAAGAAUCUCAAUGAAAUUUGGGGAGUUUCAAAGAGCAAAAGUGGCUAUCUGAAUCUUUCACAAAGUGAGAGGAUAGAACAGGGUUUCACAACAUAUUAUUCUGGACAUCAUUCAAUCUCAAAGCGAGAAGAUCCAUAUGGGGACCCAACACAAGCCUCUUUCACUUUUCAACAAGCUGAUUUUAUAGGACAUGUGUCACAUGACUAUCCAUUCUUACCAAGUUACAUGGCCAACACAGAAUCUUCAAGGGCUAAAGCCAGGUCACAGAGUGAACCAAAGCAACGCCCAAAUGGGAGAACGAGGCAGAAAAGUAAGCAAAUGGAGUUAACAGAUGGAAUGAGUGUCCUGGUAAAUUAUCAAUUUCAACACUCAUCUUCACACUUGAAACACAAUGGCCAUGACCCCUGGUUUAUCAAGCUCUACCAGUCAAUGAGAUCAUCAAACAGCAAGUUUGAUUCAACGAGCACAAUGAGCAGUCAUUCCAACCACUACUGA